CAGGAACCCAACCACAUUUCGAGAAAGACAAACAACAGCCAUGGCAACCGAGAAGAUCACGACCAUCUCUCCAACGACGAACAAGCCAGUUGUAGAGCGCAAUGGGCCCACCGACGCUGAGUUGGCCGAGCUGCCAAAGACUGCCCAAAAGGCGUACUUGAAGUACUCUAAGACUAGCCUUGCUGAGCGACAGCAGAUCGUCAAGAAGGCACUGCAACUUAUCAGCGACAAUCAAGAUGAGCUCGCUCAAGAGAUUACCGACCAGAUGGGGAGACCAAUUGCUUUCACUGCCAAGGAAGUUCAGACCGCCGUCAAGCGUGGCGAGUAUUUGCUCAAAAUUAGUGAGGAAGCUCUUUCCGAUACUCCUGGCGAGCCUGAACAGGGCUUCAAGCGUUUCAUUCGAAAGGUCGCUCUUGGACCAGUCCUUAUUCUGUUCCCAUGGAAUUACCCAUACUUGACGCUUGUAAACUCUCUUGUCCCGGCACUCCUAGCUGGCGACAGUGUUAUCCUCAAACCAUCGCCGCAGACUCCAACAAUUGCAGAGCAAGUCCAGAAACUCUUCGUCCAAGCUGGCCUCGACAAGGACGUAAUUCAGUACUUCCACUGCGGCGACUUCAAGAAGAUCGAGAAACUCGUCCAAGCCCCAGAGAUCCAACUUGUCUGCUUCACCGGCUCCGUCGAAGGCGGUCUCGCUGUCCAAAAAGCUGGCGCAGGCCGUGUGGACCUCCGCGUCGGACUUGAACUUGGAGGCAAAGACCCCGCAUACGUUCGCUCAGACGUGGAUCUCGCCUGGGCAGCAGAUGAGAUCGUCGAUGGAGCAGUGUUCAACUCUGGCCAAUCCUGCUGCAGCUUAGAGCGUGUCUACGUGCACGAAAGCGUACACGACAAGUUCGUCGAAGAAGUGAAGAAGGUUCUUGCCAACUACAAAUUGGGCGACCCAACAGAUAAGGCUACACAUGUGGGACCUGUGGUCAGCAAGGCAGCGAAGCAGAGAAUUGAACAACAUAUCGAUAGUGCAAUCAAAGCUGGAGCGAAGAACGAGACACCAGACAACGAGUCCUUCAAGAACCCACCCAAAGACGGCAACUAUGUUGUUCCUACACUGUUGACAAAUGUCAAGCAAGACAUGCAAGUCAUCCAAGACGAGACUUUCGGACCUGUGAUCCCUGUCAUUGCAGUCAAGUCUGAUGAGGAAGCUGUCAAGUUCAUGUCCGAUAACCAAUUUGGACUCACAGCUUCCGUCUGGACCAAGGAUGUUGCAAAGGGACAGGAGCUGGCCAACGAGAUCGAAGCUGGUACCGUCUUUGUCAACCGUGCUGACUACCCUGCCCCUGAUCUUGCUUGGGUGGGAUGGAAGAACAGUGGAAAGGGACAGACGUUGUCCAAGUUUGGAUUUGACCAGUUUGUCAAAUUGAAGAGCUACCAUUUCAAGGACUACCCAAAGGCAUAGAUGGUGGCGGAGAUCCGCCGAGGUGUUCCACGCCGAAACCGGAUGUCGAUACCUUCACGUUCGAGGAUGAGUUAUGAAUGACGUUAGAGAAUAGCCUACGUAGAACGACAGAAGAGAAGUUCUAGCGAUGCAAUCUGUGCUGCAAACAACCUACCGUUUUCGCCAGCCGCUCUAUCGACAUUCGAUUACUGCCCACUGGCAGGCCCGUGAUAGAAAAGCCGGGC